AACGUUUUCACAUCCAUAAAGGCCAUUAUCGCACAGUUUCCGCACUACAUAUAGAACUUGAAUGUCGAUUAAUAUUAUUUUUUAAAAAAUACGAAGGUUUCUUUGUGUGGAAACUGUGCGUAAUGCCGUUUGCUUGUCCUCCGAAUUCAACCUUAACAACAGUUUCCACUGAUGUGAAACCAAUCUAUUGCCCUUAAUAAACAUUGAAUAAUAAUAAACAUGGUUGUGUAACUCAUUACGGUUAGAAAAAAAUCCUACAUAAAACCAUUGUAAAAAUUGCCAGUGCUAUGAAAAACGAACACCCUCAUAUUGAUCACCAAUAUGAUGUGUGGCAUUUGUCUAAAUCUGUCACAAAAAAACUAACAAAGAAGGCUAACAUUAAGGGAAAUGAUGACUUGACCCAUUGGAUUAAGUCCAUUUCUAAUCAUCUUUGGUGGUGCUCUGCAAGUUGUAACAAGAAUGCAGAAGAAUUGGUGGAAAAAUGGAAGUCUGUCCUUAACCACAUUUCCAACAAGCAUUUCUGGAAGGGGAACACAUAUUUUCAUCAAUGUUGCCACCAACAAUUAACAGAAAAAGAAACAAAGCAGAAGAAGUGGUUAUCUCCUACUUCACAAGCAUAUAUCGCUGCAGAGAAGGUGAUAUGUGACAAGAGGCUUCUAAGAGACCUGCGGAAGCUAUCUGAGUUUUGUCACACAGGAGAGUUGGAGGUUUACCAUUCCCUUUUACUGAAAUAUUGCCCAAAGCGAGAGCAUUUUUCAUUUCCUGGGAUGGUAGCCCGCACUCAGUUAGCAGCAUUAGAUCACAACAACAAUAUUAAACGUGAUAAAGCAGUCAUUAAGUCAGGGACAAACAAAGGGCAAGACCGUUACAAAAUGAUUUUUGCUAAAACACAGAAGCAAUGGGUUGUAAAAGCAAUGAAAGAAAAGAAAGAGUACCAGUACAUUGAUAAACUACUUGCGGAGGUUGUGAAUGCAUGCAAAACUGAGGAGAUUGAACUUGUACAUCAUGGCGAAAAUCUUAAGGUCUCUAAAGCCGACUGUCAACUCCCGGCAUAA